AAUCUGAACGCAGCCCUCGAUGAUAUAGUGUUCAGUAGCAACGAAGGUGCUUUCAAGGAGUUAUUUUUGUUCUUUCGGAGGAUUAAUAGAAGGAUAUAAUUUGGGUGGAACUAAUUACAUAUUGUUGCAAGAUUGGAAUUUAUUUUGCUGUUUGUGAUUUAUGUUUUUCUCGGGUGGUCAAUGAACUAGUUUCACGACCAUAGUAACAACAACAACAUAGAAUAGAUAUAUGUAGAAACCAUAAGUAAAAAAUAAAAUGCCAAAAUUCUCCCAACGGACAUGUUAUGGACUAUUUUUGUGAUAUAUCGCAGGAACUAUAUUUUGUUUGGCAGUAAGUUGUACGAACUCUUGAGAAUACAAUGGUGAUGGAAGAACAGGAAUCGAACAUAGAACUAGCAUCGGAAAGAAUUCCCGUGCCUCAAAUACAACAGUCGAAAAUGGAUAUGAUUAAACGAAACAGCAGAUCUGCUGUUUCACGUGGUAAACCACGAUUAAGGAAGAAAGCGCUGCAUGCUGCGAUACUCAAACAAAUGGAGUUUUAUUUCAGUGAUGCUAAUUUGAACAAAGAUCGCUACUUGUCAGAACUUUUAAAGAAAAGUCCUUAUGUGGAUCUUGAUGUAUUUGCAAAUUUUAAUAAAUUAAGUACAUUAACGACAGACACAAGUAGAAUAGCUAAAGCUUUACAAAGAUCAACCAUGUUAAAAGUAUCAGAAGAUGGUACAAAAGUUUGUCGAUUAACACCUAUCAACAAGAAGGAAAACACAGAUGAAUGUACAGUUUAUGUGCAAAAUCUACCUCCAGAUUCUGAUCACGAUUGGCUGAUUUCUGCCUUUUCUAAAUAUGGAACAGUAGUAUAUGUCUCGAUUCCUCGAUACAAAAGCAACAAAAAGAUUAAAGGUUUUGCAUUUGUGGAAUUUGAUACUCCAAUGGGUGCUAAACAAUGUAUUAAAGCAUUUCAAGAAGAAGGAUGCGUUUUGCCAUCUCAUACAUCUCCCAAUGAUCUGUUAAGUAUAACUACUUUCAAUAAUACAGAAGAAAAUCUUGCAGUAUGUAAUAAACCAGAACAAUAUAUCUCUAAAAAGACGACAAGUGUAGGUGAUAAGAAAGAUGAUAUGGAGAAUCAAAUUAAAGAUGAUGAUAAUAUUCAUGAUGAAAAAACUGAUAACUUUAACAGUAACACUAAACAUUCUUUGGGGAAAAGAAAACUUGUUGUAGAUGAAAGCAAUAUCAAAAUUAAGAAAAAGAGAACAACUACGGAUCAAAAUAUAAUGGAUCAGCAUAUUAGUGAUAUGGAAAAUCAAGAGACAUCAAAUAAAGAUAUUACUAAUCGUAAUAAGAAAAGCGGGGAAACUGAUAGAAAGAGAAAGAAAAAAGUAUCAAUAAGUGAUACGUUUAAAUUAGAAAACGAAGGAACAGUGAAAAGGGAUCUACGUAAGUUAGCGACAAAAUUAGAUGAGAAUAAAGCGAUAGAUAUAUUGUCUACAGAUAAAAGCUACAAUGACCGUAAUGAAAAAGAAGGUGUAUUACAAACUGUAAAAUAUCCUAUUAAAGGAGAUAUAGACGCAACAAGCAGCAAUAUCGAAGAAAAAGAAACUGGCGUUGAUGAAAGAAAAAAGAAAAAAAACCGCAAGAAGAGAAAUAACUUUCAGAGGGAUAUCACUAGUGAUAUGAUGCAAGUAAUGGCUAAGCAGGAUUGGAAACGACUUAGAAAUAAAUACUUAGAAUUACAAAAAAGCAAGAUGCAACAAUUGAAAUCACAUUUGAAAAAAGCAAAAUGGAAUUACGACAAAACUGGACAGAAUUAUGACAAAUCCAAACCUGAAAAAGAGAAAAGCAGUGAAGCGGAAGAAUCAUGCUACGGGCGUAUUGCUUAUGCACCGGGAAUUAUAGUGAAAAUUGAAAUGGACGAACCUUGCAUAGAUCUCCAAAGCUUCAAGAUGGAAUUGAGAAACGAGAAAUGUAUAAAAUAUAUAGAUGUAGCAUAUGGUUCCUGCGAAGCACACAUAAGAUGUGAUACAGCAGCAGAUGCGCAAUUGUUGGUGCAAAAAAAUCACGAAGGAAGACGUUUGACAAUUUUAAAAGAUAAUGAAGAGAAGUCAUACUGGAAUAAGAUUGAGCAAAAUCGGAAAGAAAAACUUGAUGAUAAAAAAAAAUUCAAGCACAGAGGGCGUGAUAAAUUAUUGAAAAGAGCAGAAAAAGAACUUGGGAAACAUAUAAAGUUUGAUCAGGUUUGACUGUCCUGUUAGUUUUUCUGCAAAAUCUGUAGAUUACAAAUGAUACGUCGAUGCAUGUAUACGUAGACACAUAAAUGUCGUCUCACUGAUAUAGUUUAAUUCAUGAAAAUAAAAUGAAAUAAUUACAUACACCA